GUAGCAGUUGAAACUCAGAGCACCAGUUCUGAGGAGCUUGUUCCGAGCCCUCCUUCACCACUUCCACCCCCUCGUGUUUACAAGCCCUGUUUUGUCUGUCAAGACAAGUCAUCCGGAUAUCACUAUGGUGUCAGUGCUUGUGAGGGAUGCAAGGGCUUUUUCCGCAGGAGUAUCCAGAAAAACAUGGUUUACACAUGUCACAGAGAUAAAAACUGUGUUAUCAAUAAAGUUACCAGAAAUCGCUGCCAGUACUGCAGACUACAGAAGUGCUUUGAAGUGGGAAUGUCCAAAGAAUCUGUCAGAAAUGAUAGGAACAAAAAGAAGAAGGAACCUUCAAAGCAGGAGUCCACAGAAAACUAUGAAAUGACAGCAGAGUUGGAUGACCUCACUGAGAAAAUCCGAAAAGCUCACCAGGAAACCUUCCCCUCGCUCUGCCAGCUGGGAAAAUACACUACGAACUCCAGCGCAGAUCAUCGGGUUCGACUGGACCUCGGGCUUUGGGACAAAUUCAGCGAACUUGCAACAAAGUGCAUUAUUAAAAUAGUGGAAUUUGCAAAGCGAUUGCCAGGCUUCACAAGUUUGACCAUUGCAGACCAGAUAACUCUACUUAAAGCAGCCUGCCUGGAUAUACUGAUCCUUAGAAUUUGCACAAGAUACACACCAGAACAAGACACCAUGACAUUUUCAGAUGGCCUUACCCUAAACCGAACUCAGAUGCACAACGCCGGAUUUGGCCCGCUGACUGAUCUCGUGUUCACGUUUGCCAACCAGCUCCUGCCUUUGGAAAUGGAUGAUACAGAAACGGGUCUCCUUAGUGCCAUCUGCUUAAUCUGUGGAGACCGCCAGGACCUUGAAGAACCAAUGAAAGUGGAUAAGCUUCAGGAACCAUUGCUUGAAGCACUGAAAAUUUAUAUCCGGAAGAGACGACCCAACAAGCCUCAUAUGUUCCCAAAGAUCUUAAUGAAAAUCACAGAUCUUCGUAGCAUCAGUGCAAAAGGUGCAGAACGUGUCAUUACGUUGAAAAUGGAAAUUCCUGGAUCCAUGCCACCUCUCAUUCAGGAAAUGCUGGAGAACUCUGAAGGACAUGAACCACUGACACCAACCUCAAACGGAAAUACUGCAGAACACAGUCCCAGUAUCUCACCCAGUUCAGUGGAUAACAGCAGUGUCAGUCAAUCCCCGAUGGUGCAAUAAGACAUUUUUCCAGCUACUUCAGACAUUCCUAAUACCUUAUGUACAGGGAUGAAAAGCAAGAAAAACAUUUUUACUGCUGCUUAGUUUCUGGACUUAAUAUAUAUCUAUAUAUGUGUAUAUAUAUAGAUAAAAACUCAACAAGGACCAAGAACUUUUCAUAUGUAUUGAUAUAUACUCCUUGCUGUUUAAACUCUUAAAACUAGAAAAAUGCAAACUUUUGAAACUCUAAAUCAGCCAUUUCGUGCAAAAAA